UCAGCUGUGAUUGGACACAGUUGAUCACAUGGUAACGAGCCACUGUGAGUGGCCCUUUGCCCGAUCUCUGUGAUUGGUCACAGCUUGUCACAUGGUACAAGGCUGUUGUGAACUUGUACCAUGUGACCUCUGUGAUCAUUCACAGAUUUCACAAGUAGUAAGCAAUGAUGUCAGGAAGUGACAUCUUGUUUACUACUAUUCAUGUGAUCACUGAUUGGCCAAUCAGUGAUCAUAUGAUCGGGACCUCACACAGAGGUCCCGCCCAGCGAUUGGUGUUCUGUUGUGUGCUCCCAGGGAGCAUGCAGAGGCAGGGAGUGCGGAGGCCGUUUAUA